CCCAGGCCUGAUGGUCACGGCAGGCCUCAUCCACUAUUUGCUCAACCUGCUGCACAUCACCGUCCACAUCCGGGAUGUUUGUGUGUUCCUGGCUCCGGUGUUCAGUGGCCUAACCUCCAUCUCCACCUUUCUGCUGACGAAGGAGCUGUGGAACCAGGGGGCGGGGCUGCUGGCAGCCUGCUUCAUUGCCAUCGUCCCUGGCUACAUCUCACGCUCUGUGGCUGGCUCCUUCGACAAUGAAGGCAUCGCCAUCUUUGCCCUGCAGUUCACCUACUACCUCUGGGUGAAGUCGGUGAAGACGGGAUCUGUUUUCUGGGCCAUCGGAUGCUGCCUAUCCUAUUUUUACAUGGUGUCAGCUUGGGGUGGCUACGUGUUCAUCAUCAACCUUAUUCCUCUUCAUGUAUUUGUCCUGCUUGUCAUGCAGCGCUUUAGUAAGAGAGUCUACAUAGCCUACAGCACCUUCUACAUCAUCGGCCUGGUAUUGUCCAUGCAGAUCCCUUUUGUGGGCUUUCAGCCAAUCAGGACCAGUGAACACAUGGCCGCCGCAGGUGUGUUUGUGCUGCUUCAGGUCUAUGCCUUCCUGCAGUACCUGAAGGACCGACUGACCAGGCAGGAGUUCCAAACUCUCUUCUUCCUGGGAGUCUCUCUCGCUGCCGGAGUGGUUUUUCUCUCUGUCAUCUACCUGACAUACACAGGGUACAUUGCUCCAUGGAGUGGGCGCUUCUACUCCCUCUGGGAUACUGGAUAUGCUAAGAUCCACAUUCCCAUUAUAGCAUCAGUCUCUGAGCAUCAGCCCACCACCUGGGUGUCCUUCUUCUUCGACCUUCACAUCCUCGUCUGCACCUUCCCAGCAGGCCUCUGGUUCUGCAUUAAGAACAUCAAUGAUGAACGUGUCUUUGUGGCCUUGUAUGCCAUCAGCGCUGUUUAUUUUGCUGGCGUAAUGGUGCGUUUGAUGCUGACCCUGACUCCGGUGGUGUGCAUGCUGUCGGCGGUGGCCUUCUCCAGCGUCUUUGAACACUACCUGGGAGACGACAUGAAGAGGCAGAGCCCGCCCGCAGAGGACAGCAGCGACGAGGAUGACAGGAAAAACGCUGGAAACCUCUAUGACAAGGCCGGCAAGGUGCGCAAACAUGUUUCAGAGCAGGAGAAGUCUGAGGAGGGCCUGGGCCCCAACAUCAAGUCCAUAGUCACCAUGCUGAUGUUGAUGCUGCUCAUGAUGUUCGCUGUCCACUGCACCUGGGUCACCAGCAACGCCUACUCCAGCCCCAGUGUAGUGCUAGCAUCAUAUAACAAUGAUGGCUCCCGUAACAUCCUGGAUGACUUCAGAGAGGCCUACUACUGGCUGAGGCAGAACACAGACGAACAUGCCAGAGUGAUGUCCUGGUGGGACUACGGCUACCAGAUAGCAGGCAUGGCAAACAGAACGACGCUGGUUGACAACAACACAUGGAACAACAGUCAUAUAGCACUGGUGAGAGCUGCUGUACUUAUAUGACUAUUUAUCACACUG